GAUAAGCAUCAUGACUUCCCAAGAGUUGUUUACAUCUACUUCCACGCGGCUUGCUACAGUUGUUGCCAUUCACACCGCUAUCCUUCUCGAUGCAAAGUUUUGCAACACUGUAGCAUGCACUACAUGGGCUACACUGUUUCAGCAUGGUGCCCAUGGAAAACGUUUAUGUGUUGUAAAAACGCAUACAGAUAGCCUCGUGGUUACUUGCUGUAGAUAUCUGAACGGCGUUUACAAAUAAGUUGUAGCUGCAUAAUAACACAUUCCUUGUUGCACACAGUCAUGGUGCUACAUAAUCCUGAGAAGAAUAUCCUCGGCCAAUGACUGCAGUUAUGUUGACAUGACGACACAGUUUUUCAGGAUACAUUCAUUGUAUGAAAUAUAUAUAGCCUAUUUCCCACUUGCUGCCGUGGAAGCCCUGAGUCUGACUGACUGGUCUAGAAACACUGUUCUAGAGAACCUAACAUUGUGAAUUGGACCUGAGCCAUUCUGGCAUUACUGCCUUCUCCCCCAGCACAGCUACUCAUGCCACAGUGACAGCCACUCUUAUCAAACCAUGGGUCUCCUUUGAGAUGCAGCCUAACAGCAGUGUAAAUAAACUUGGUAAUCCUGCUGAGCGCUACAGGACACCACAUCCCACAGCUCUGUGAGAGAAGCAGGCUGUUUCCUCCAGCCCACAUCCACCCCCUCUGGCACAGGCCUCCUGAACACAUGUGAACACAUAUGCUAGUGUUCUGGACGACAGUGUUGGGUUCAAGUAUCCCCACAUCCCUCUGAAGGACAGAGUGAAGGUAUCUCAGAACUGGUGCCAUGGGAUCUGCAGAAAGGAAGUCAUGCUCAAAUGGAGGAUUAACUUGUUGCCGUGGAUACAGCUAGACGGGGAUGUGCUGUAUCUGUCUCAGGCUGCAGACAUCGGAGCGUACCAUCUGAGGCCGGACACGGGGAAGCUCCAGCGCAGCCCCAUGGCUCUGUUCUCAGGACACCUGGAAGACGUGUGUCGAUUUGCUGUGACUGACACACACCUCGUUAGUGGAGGAAGUGAUGGUAAGAUCCUGGUGCACCACAGGAGGAAUGGGUUCUCAAUGGAGUACUCAGGUCACAACCAGGAAGUGAAUUGCCUGGACUGCAGAGGAGGACUGAUUGUCAGCGGCUCCAGAGACAGAACAGCCCGGAUUUGGACUUUGUCUUCCAACUGCCCCAGAGACACGAUCCCUAUGAACGACAGGGUGUGGUCUGUGGCUAUUAGUCCCACACAGAGCUCCUUCGUGACUGGCACAGCCUGCUGUGCGAACUUCUCUCCUCUGCGGAUCUGGGAUGUUGAAAGGUGUGAGCUGCUGUGUUGUCUGGGUUCAGAGUUCCGUCGGGGUGCAGGUGUGUUGGAUAUAGUCUAUGAGUCGCCUGUCCAGCUGCUCACCUGUGGCUAUGACACCUACAUCCGCUCCUGGGACCUUCGCCUCAGCCCCAGGAAGUGUGUCAUGGAGUGGGAGGAGCCUCACGACAGUGCCCUCUACUGCAUCCAGACGGAUGGGAAUCACAUGAUUGCCAGUGGCUCCUCUUACUAUGGCGUCAUACGGACGUGGGAUAAGCGGCAAACCCGCUGCUUAGAGAUGUUCCAGCUGUCCUCUGCUGUGAGUAGCCCAGUGUACUGCCUGCGUUUCAACACCUCUCACCUGUACGCUGCCCUCGCCACAGCACUGCACUCUCUUGACUUCAAACAGGGCCCCCGGCCUCGCAGAUAACGCCCACUCCCACAGACAGCUGUUGGGAUUUAAAACAAUAAAUUCGAUGUUUUUGACAGUAAAUGGCUUCAUUCUCUGUAAUAACUGGAACUCUGAGCUAGAAAGACCGUUGGG